CGCCCAAAGAGAACGCAACCUGAGCAACUGAGCACAUGUGAGGUUAUCAUCAUUCAAUAAAAAGAUUCACUCAAUUGAUGAUGUGUAACAAUCUGGUUCUUUAAAAGGAUUAAGUUGACUAAUAUUUACAUUGAUAUAGUUAAUUUUUAAAAGGAUUAGAUUGAACAAAUAUAUUGAUAAAAAUGAAAGAGGUUGAUCUUGUCGGAUUCGCCGACGCGAUUAGUGAUAAUGAAGAUACUGAAAUUGCCAAUAUAAAAAAGAAGGCUUCCAAGAAAUCCGGAGGAUUUCAGUCCAUGGCUCUUAGUUACCCAGUGUUGAAAGGAAUUGUGAAACGAGGCUAUAAAAUACCUACACCUAUACAAAGAAAAACAAUACCGCUGGCUCUGGAGGGAAGAGAUAUAGUAGCAAUGGCCAGAACAGGAAGUGGUAAAACAGCCUGCUUCUUAAUUCCCUUGUUUGAAAAACUCAAGGCAAGGCUGGCAAAGAGUGGUGCACGUGCUUUGAUAUUGUCACCAACGCGCGAAUUAGCAUUACAGACCCUAAAGUUCAUAAAAGAGUUAGGAAAAUUUACUGGAUUGAAAGCAGCUGUUGUACUAGGUGGUGAUAACAUUGAUGAUCAAUUUAGUGCAAUUCAUGGAAAUCCUGAUAUUAUUGUAGCCACACCAGGCAGAUUUUUGCAUAUUUGUGUAGAAAUGGAUUUGCAAUUGAAAAACAUUGAGUAUGUUGUCUUUGACGAGGCUGAUAGAUUGUUUGAGAUGGGCUUUGGUGUGCAGAUACAUGAAAUUGUGAACAGAUUACCACAGUCACGUCAAACAUUACUGUUUUCUGCUACUUUGCCCAAAGUGUUAGUAGACUUUGCAAAAGCUGGUCUGAGCGACCCGGUUCUACUUCGUUUAGAUGUUGAAAGUAAGUUGCCGGAAGGACUGGAGUUAUCAUUUAUUACAUGCCGGCCUGAAGAGAAAUUAGCUGUACUCUUGUGCCUUUUGAAAAGAGUAAUUAAAGCUGAUUCACAGAUAAUUAUAUUCACAGAAACUAUGCAUCAUGUGGAGUAUAUACAUCAGAUAUUGGAUAAAGCCGGGAUCAGCAAUACCUUCAUUUACUCGAAUCUGGAUCCUUCCGCACGUAAGAUAAACACGGCUAAGUUUCAAACCGGCAAAGUAAAAAUCCUGGUAGUGACAGACGUCGCUGCUAGAGGAAUAGAUAUACCACAUCUGGAUUGUGUGAUCAAUUUUAACUUCCCCGCAAAAUCCAAACUUUUUGUACACAGAGUCGGACGAUGCGCUCGAGCCGGACGUGCUGGAACGGCGUACAAUAUUGUGAGCGCGGAUGAAUAUCCGUAUCUUCUAGAUUUGCAUCUCUUCCUUGGCCGACCUUUAUUGAUAAUAUCAGCCACGAAAUCCAAUAAGAAUAUGGAGUCCGCGGUAGGAAAGAUGCCGCAGACCAUGAUAGAAGAGGAGCUGGCCGAGCUAAUAAAUUGGCACGACAGUUCUACAGAUCUUACAAACAUGCAGAAGGUAUGCAAUAAUGCUUAUCAACAAUAUGUGAGAUCGCGACAAGGAGCUUCAACGGAAAGCGUCAAAAGAGUCAAGGAACUUCGUAUAAAUGAAGCCGGAGUUUUGCCGCAGUACUCGGACCUUUCUUCUAACGCCACGGAUUUGAUAUCGAGAAUGAAGAACUACCGGCCACAGGGAACGAUAUUUGAAAUUGGCACGAAGACAUCGUCAAUCGACUAUCAAGUGAUGAAGACAAAACGAGCAUUUCACAAGGAAAAUAUCCUUAAUUUCCACAAGAAGAUCGAAGAACGUAAAGUUGGUGAAACGAACGCAGAGUCAGAAUUGCAAAAAGUUAAUCUGCCGUCCAGCAACGCGGAAGAAAUUAAUGCUGCCUUCGACACAGUGGUAGUACCGAAGAAACGGAGCGGUGACAAUUUGUAUAAGAUAUCAAAAAAGAAGAAACGCCAAAUGAAACGGGACGAAGAAUUUUACAUACCUUAUUCCGCACCGGAUAAGCAUACGGAGAAUGGUUUAGCGGUCAAUACGUUUAACACGGAAGCUGAUAAGGCGCAGAUGGAUUUAACAGCAGACAACGAGCAGUCUCGACACCUUCAAACUCAACUGAAGAAAUGGGAUCGAAAAAAGAAAAAAAUGAUUACUGUCGAUAAGAAUCCGAAAGCAGGAAAGAUACUCACCGAGUCAGGUGUAUGGAUACCUGCCACAUACAAAACAAAUCGUUAUAAUAUGUGGAAAGAGAAGAGCAAAAUCGAAGAAGCUGAGGAAGACGAUAGCGGCGAAGAGGAGUCGCCACAAAUGAAAAAACUAUGCACCACAGCGCACACACAUUGGGCACGGCACAACCAGAAACUCAAGGACAAAAUGAAAGCGAAGAGCGAGUUGAAGAGGCCGGAACAGAUUUUGAAAGCGCGCAAACUGCUCGAGAGGAAACGCAAAAGAAACGGCAGAAAGAACCGUAAAGGCCAUAAAGGUCAGAAAAACAGCAGAAACAAGCAUUAAGACGAUUUCAUUGCCAAGAAUGCGUUAUUGUUUUAACGGCAGAAAAAAUUGUUUGUAACAUAAUUAAAGAUAUAAUUUAUAAUCUUGCUAGUUAUAUCACUUGAUGUAACCCGUAGAGGAUACUCUUCGCGAUAAAGGUCUGUUUUUCCGAGAUUAAAAAUACCGUAACACAAUUUCGAAGAGGCAACGACGUUACGUUUGAAGCGCGAUGUAAAUAUAUGCAUGACACAAAUACGGCACGCCGGCUAAAAAUAAUCCCGAACGGAUCGAUAAUAUCUCGAAAGCACAGUGACCUUAUAAAUAAGCGUUGUAUGAUUUAGAAUUGGGAUUUGGCCUUGCGUCAUAAUAGCGAAUGUGUUGCACAAUCGCGAAGUCUCUCAGCGGGCGGUAAGAUAUCGAGAGAAGACCAGCUGGGUUCGCCAUCCGCGAAGCCCUGAGAAAUUCCUGCGUCAUGCGGGCGAGCGUACAACUCCUGCUGCGGGAAUGAGAGAGAGAGAGAGAGAGAGAGAGAGAGAGAGAGAGACGCCACGCUGGUACGGUUGUAAAUUUUAUCGGAUUAACCGGUGACGGCGGAAAUUUAUAUCCGAGCGUCGUGAAAACCAUGAGUCGCAUGACGAAGCACACGAUGAGCAAUUAACUUCCGCGAAUUUGCGAGAACAACGUUUGGCUGUUUUCCACUGCGACCGCAGCUUAGGAAAAUUUUCAACGCGACGAAACACGUCUUGCGUCGACGCGAUAAUGGCUUUGCGGGCUGCAGAAGGCACCUCAGGAACCGCAUCUGAGAGAGAUCACAAUGUGAAUAAGUGAGAUAUAGAUAUUUAACAGGCGGUCACAUCGACCAUUAUUAACAGUCAAGCGUUAAGUCUAGCGUUAGGUACAAUUAAUCAGUUUCUUUAUCCGUGUCGUGACGAACCUGUCUUUUCAGUUCCACACAUGUAUAUCUUAUCGGUAAUCUGGAAUACGAUAAAAAAAUACGUCAAAAUGUAAAAGUUGAUAAAUUAAAACCGCGUGCAAGCAGAAGUUCUAAAGAACUUGAAUUACUUCGAUUUCAAUGUUCUUCGAAAUCAGUGCACCUGACUAAAUAUCUCUCCACUUUCUUUCUCACUAUCUCUUUUUACAGUUUACACGUGAUAUAUUUGUUGCCGCUUAAUGUCAUCAAACUGUCAUUAGUCUUAUCAGAAAGGCGUGGUCGUGAUAGCUUCGUGAUCACUACCAACGGUCCUCUUUUCUCCCUCUUUCUUCUCAUAUCCUCCAUUCUUCUCUCUCUCUCUCGCUCGCUUUUACUCCACUCGCGAUCUUAUAAUAAACGUAUCUAGCUCGUC